CCUCUUCCUUCCUUCACUGCUGGAGCCUUUUCGUCCUGGGCCAUGGCGUCUCGAUCCAGUCGCCCGGCGGUAUGCUUGCUCGUGCUGGGCAUUUGGUGCACGGCGCCCGCCUGGAGCAACUUACCUCGGAGAACGCUGUUUGGAGCGCUGCCAGUUCUGGUGGCGCAAACUGCACGAGCGGAUGUGAUCACUCUGCAGCAGGCGCCGCUGCCCAAGGCCUUCAGGGACUCGGUGGUCCCUGCCGCGCAGGCCCUGAAGGAGGCUUUGGAGGCGGAGGAGGCGGUGGGGGACAGCUUCAUCGGAGAGGAGGCUGAAAAGAAGCUUAGCAAGCUCGAGCAGAAGGCUGGCCAGCUAAUACAGAAGUAUGGAGAAAGAUUUAUCUCAGACAGGGGCCUCUCAGAUGAUGACCCCUUGAAAAAGAACUACGUCUACUUCCUCAUGCUCGAAGCCAUCGAUAUUUUCGAGGACGCCGUGAAGUCUGAAAAGUUACCCAAGGCAAGAAAGGAGAUCAUCGAGAAGCUUCAAAAGGUGCUUGAGGUGGCAGAGCAAGUUGGGGUGGAAUGAUUGUGUCUCCCUUUGGGGCUUUAUACAGUCGAGAGAGUGCUCUCCUUUGCCGUUUACCUGAAUGAAAAAACACCCUGGUGCUUGGACUCGAAUUCUGCUCAUCUUCUCUCAACUGCCUGACCAAUUGCGAAUCAAAUUACUACAAGAAAC